AUGGAAGCCGUCGCCUCCGCCAGUGAAUGUCAAAACGAGCCCACCGAAUGUAAACGGAAGAUGCUGAACCCCAUUGAGGAGCAAGAGUUUGGCGAGAUGGACUUCAGGUUUGAGAACGACGAUGCAAUCGUGGAGAAGGUGAGAUACGAGGAGGCAGUUAAGGCGGGGAAGAUUGUGGAAAUUGAGUCAGACGAGGAGGAGGAGGAGGCCGAGGACAAGAUGUCGAAUCUCGAUCGGAGAGAUGCGUCUCUCGAGCUCACUCGCCAGCUGAGAGGCUUCAAAGCUUCAGCUUCAGGAUCCACCUGCACCAGGCAGAGUCCGCGAAAGCUGUUCAAACGACGCCGAGCGGCUGGGUUCAACCGAAGUUAUGUCACGUGGUCACAUCUUGUCACAAAAAUCACGCCUUGCUUCUUCCAACCAGCUAUGUUCAAUUCGUUCAAACGUCGAUUACCGGAAAUUUCUAUCUUUCACCACCCAUCCUCGCCGCCGUCGACGAAGGCGUUAAAUCUUUUACGCUCAUCUCUAUCUGGACCAUAUCCGCCCGGCAGUGCGAAGGGCCAGCCACUGCACUUCAACCUCGAGGUGGUCGAGUCAGCCCCGAACUCCGACCAGUUGGGGACAAUUAUGUCUUACUUCCCCUCCAAGGUCACCAACCCGUCCAUGGUUUUCCUCUCUGCACACCCGACAGCCCCAAGCGGCGCUGAGAAGCCGUCGACACUCAAAGGCAUUGCGGAGCUCGCGGCGAAGAACCCGAACGCGAUCAAGUGGCCGAUUGUGGUUGACUGGAACGACGGGCAGGCGAGCGUGGGUGAUGUGGAAGGCGUGAAGCAGAUUCUGGAAACGCUGAGGAAGAGAAGGGACGGCGAGUUGAAGGAGGAGGAAGUGUAUCAGCCAAAGGGCUGGUUCUCUUAG